AUGUCCUCUCUCACUAGCAUAGGACUCGGCCUGGUGGAACAUCUACAAGAUCUCCACGAAACACUCCGAGACUACAAGCCGCCCAAAGUGAUCCACCCGGACAUCAACGACCUGCACCCACCGAAAAAGUCCCUUCUGGGAUCCUUAUUCGGCUCUGGGAAAAAGAAGAAGAAAGUGAUCAACGAAAUCCCUCCCGAGCUCCCCAAAGGACUGUACAUGUACGGGGACGUGGGAUCCGGCAAGACGAUGCUGAUGGACUUGUUCUACGACACACUGCCGCCCAACAUCACGGCCAAGACACGAAUCCACUUCCACAACUUCAUGCAAGACGUGCACAAACGACUGCACAAGGUGCGGACGCAGUACGGCAACGAGUUCGACGCGGUUCCCUUUGUGGCGGCCGACAUUGCCGAGACUGCGACCGUGCUCUGCUUCGACGAGUUCCAAUGCACCGAUGUGGCGGACGCCAUGAUCCUCCGGCGGCUGUUGGAGGCUCUGAUGUCGCACGGCGUGGUGCUGGUGACCACGUCAAACCGACACCCGGACGAUUUAUAUAAAAACGGGAUCCAGCGACAAUCGUUUAUUCCGUGCAUCAACCUCCUCAAAAAGCAGCUGAAAGUCAUUAACCUCGACUCGUCGACCGACUACCGCAAACUGCCGCGUCCGCCCUCGGGCGUCUACCACCACCCGCUGGACCGGGCGACCGAAACCCACGCCAACAAAUGGUUUCACUUUCUCGGUGAUCCCGAACACGACCCGCCUCACCCGGCCACCAUUACAGUGUGGGGACGAGAGGUGCAGAUUCCCCUGGUGUCAGGCCGCUGCGCCAAAUUUACUUUCCACGACCUCAUCGGUCGCGCCACGGGUGCCGCCGACUACAUUGAGAUGAUGCGACAUUUCGACGCCUUUGUCGUCACCGACGUGCCUGCCAUGACGCACCGCGAGCGAGACUGGGCCCGUCGUUUUAUUACUUUCAUCGACGCCGUCUAUGAGUCCCAUGCUAAAUUGGUCCUGACCACCGCCGUUCCCUUGUCCCAGCUGUUCAUGUCAAAGGCCGAGUUGGAGGAGUCGUUGCAGGGUGUCAAGGAUAAAGUGGCUGACAGUAGUAGCAGCAGCAACAAAAGCAAAAGCGACAAUGCUGACAGAAGUGACAAGAAGGUAGUCGACCAUGCCCGUGCCGCAGAUACCGACGGCGAAGGCGCCGACGUGGAUGAUGUUAUGCGCAAUCUCAUGGACGACCUGGGCAUGAGCAUGAGCAUGCUCAAGCAGAGUAGCUUGUUUAGUGGUGAUGAGGAGCGUUUCGCUUUCGCCCGUGCGCUCAGCCGGCUCAGCGAGAUGGGUAGUCAGGAAUGGAUUGAGCGAGGCCUGGGGUUGGAAAAGCGUGGUGGUCUGGGCGAGCGUGAGGGUUGGCAGAGGGUGAGGUCGCGGUGGAGAGAGGAUAGUUUGUAG